AACACAUUCAACUACUCUUCUAUUCGGAUCCACUGUUGUAAUGAUGGAGUGUGUUAAAGAGGAGACUGAUCCUGAAUCAUUCACAAUAACACCUCAACAUACUCAACAACAAAGAGGCCUGAUGAGAGUGAAAGAGGCAGGUCAACAACAAAAUGAAAUGGAUAAUGAACAUCAACACCACAAUUUCAUAAGUAAAGAAAAUUGCUCACAAAAUGAUAAGGAUUUAUCUCAAGAAAGAUCAGAAGCUAAAGUCUUCUUUACAUGCCAUCCUUAUAGUGAGACAUUUUCACAAAAAGGACAUUUAAAUGUUGACAUAAAGACUCAAACAGGAGAAAUGCCUCAGUGUGAAAAGACUUGCACAAGUAAAAGCCACCUUGAGGAUCAUUUGGUAAAUCGCACUGGUGAGUGGCCCUUCACCUGCCCUCAUUGUGAUAAGUGUUUUAAACGAGGAAGUAACCUUAAUGCUCACAUAAAGACUCACACUGAAGAAAAGCCACACAGCUGCCUUCAGUGUGACCUAAUGGAAAUAAAGGAGGAAGGUCGAGAACACAUUGAAGUGAAAGAUGAACAUCAACACCACAGUUUCAUAACUGAAGAAAAUUCAUUCGGCUCCUCACAAACUGAUGAGAAAUCACCUCAAGAAAGAGCUGAAGCCAAAACAUCAUUUCCUUGCCAUCUUUGUGGUGAGACAUUUUUUAAAAAAAAGCAGCUAACAUAUCACAUUAAGAUGCAUAUGGGUAAUAGACCGUACACCUGCCCUCAGUGUGGAAAAAGUUUCCCUUUCAAAACAAGUCUUGAGCGCCACAUACGAGUUCACACUGGAGAGAAACCUUUUAAAUGCCCUCACUGUGAUAAGAGUUUUACAGAACAAGGAACGCUUAGGUAUCACAUCCGACUUCAUACAGGUGAGAGGCCUUAUUCAUGCCAUCUGUGUGAUAAGAGUUACACACAGGCACAAGGUCUUAAAUUUCAUCUGCAGUUUCACUUAAACGAAAGGCCGUUUAGUUGCGAUCAGUGCGGUAAAAAGUUUAUAUCAGCGACACUGCUGAAGAGACACAUGAAGAUUCAUACAGAUGAGAGGCCGUAUGUGUGUUCUGUUUGCGGGAAGAGUUUUCGAACAUUUACCAAUGUUAAAGUGCACCAGAAGACGCACGGAGGUGUGAAAGACCACGUGUGCUCUGUGUGUGGAAAAGACUUUCUGGAAGCUGGAGACCUGGAGCAACACAAAAAGAUUCAUACUGAAGAAAACACCUAAAAGUGUUUAAAUGUGUAAAGAGUUUUAUUGAGUCUGUGACGCUGAUAAAACACAAGUGACUGUAUACUUGAAGAUUGGAGUAAUGUCUCCAAAGUAUUGGGGACAUGUCAAAAAUGUCUGUUUAUCUAAAAUACAAUAACUUUUUAUUUAUAAAAAUAUUUACAGCAAUGAUGGGAUAUAUGGAGCAAGACAAAAUAUAUCUGUAUUUUUAUGCUUUGUUUAGUGUUCUAGGUAAUUUAUAUUAAUAUUUUAAAUGCUACAGUUUAAAAUUGUCUUGUUAAUGUGUUGAUUAGUAUGAAUAUGAGUGAUGUGGCUCUUCUUGUCAUAUGUGUUUGCAUUUUUUUACACUUGUUAUUUUUAUUGAACAAUUUACAGUAAUAUAAAUACUAAAGCAGUGUAUCCACUGUCCGAAACAACAACAAAAAAUAACACAAAAUUUGAUAAUUUAAAGAGAAAAUAAAUACAUUGUUGCUAGGAGGGAAACAAUGUUAUAUAAAAAGAUGAAAAUAAUUAAAUGCCUGUAAAAUCUGACAGGCUUUGUGUUUUUUUUUUUUUUUUUUAGGAUAUAUUAGUUCAACAUAGUGCAUUAUUUCUUCUUUAAAUACUGUAAAGCAUGGUUUUCAACCAGAUAAUUUAAAUUUAUGUAUGUGGAAUUUAUUAAUAUGUGUUUGCAUUACAAGCGAGCAGUGUGUCCCCUUUAAUUUAAUUAACUAUGGUUUUACUACAGUUAAAACUGUAAAACUGUAGUAAAACCAUGGUAACCACAAAUUAACCAUGGUUUUGACAACUAUUGUUUUCAAAAACCAUAGUUAAACCAUAGCUAGUGUAGUAAAACCAUAGUUUUGCUGAUAGUAAUUAACCAAAAAAAAAACCAUGGUUGUUACACUUUUACCACAAUAAAACCAUUGGUUAAUUUUCGUAAGGGUCAAAACUCAAUGCUUCAUCGAUGUACCUAAGUUCAGUGUAUAUGCAAGAGUUUAGAUUAAAUAGUGUAAUGGUACGAGAAAUGUGAUGUAUUUAACUUGAAAUAUAUUUACGUUUUGUGUUUUUGUAAAUAUAUAUUUAUUAAUUUGGAUUCAUUGUACACAGGGUGAAUAA